AUGUCAUCAGAUUCUGUGAUGCUGGUCCAACCACAUGGUGAACUGUUAGCAAAAAUCAGAGAGGACCUGCAUGAAGUUGUAAGUUCCAGGGAAAAUGAUUUAGCUGCUAUCAAGGACUGGCUGAAGAAGCAGCCUCACUUACCUGAUGAAAUGGAGGAUUCCUUCCUGUUAAAUUUCUUGCGAGGUUGCAGCUUUUCGAUGGAGAAAUGCAAACGGAAGAUGGACAUGUACUUCACUAUGAGGACCGCGUGCCCAGAGCUCUUCACAAACAGAGAUAUCACCAGGCCAGAGUUAAUGGAUCUAAUGAUAAGAGCGCAAAAUCCAACGUUGCCAGGCCUUACACCUAGCGGAAGACGAAUCACAGUGUGCAGAGGGCUCGACAAGAAUUUGGAGACACACCAAAUAUUAGAUGCUUUCAAAAUAAUAAUGAUGGUUGCUGAUGUUAGACUGCGGGAGGAGACUGAAGGAGUCGCCGGGCACGUGUUUAUUUUUGACGCUUCCAUUUUACUUCCUAGCCACAUACUUAAAAUAUCACCUACUAUGAUCAAGAAAUUUUUAAUUUGUCUGCAAGAAGCAUAUCCUUUAAAAGUAAAAGAAGUGCACGUAGUAAACGCAUCGCCCCUUGUGGAUGCAAUUUACAACAUUGUUAAGCCAUUUAUAAAGGAAAAGAUCAAGAACCGAAUCUUCUUCCAUAAAGACUACACCGGCUUACAUGAAUACAUUCCCGUAGAUAUAUUGCCUUCGGAAUACGGUGGUACUAGUUCCUCACUCGAAGAAAUUACCAGAGCAUGGCUGGUGAAGCUGAAAGAAUACAGGCCUUGGUUUAAAAAACAGGAGUCUCUGAAAGCUAAUGAAGCACUGCGGCCUGGAAAACCAACGGACUACGAUGAACUGUUUGGAGUUAAUGGAUCUUUUAGACAACUAUCUAUUGAUUAA